UUUGGACAGUUUUAUUUUUUUGAUGUGCUCUUAUUUGACUAAUUAUACAUUAUACUUUCUAUUUUUAAUAACUAUACUACUGAAAAUGAACUACUGUUGCCAGAAACUUGGUUCACCUUGUACAGGAACAAUUUUCCGUCGUUGUUGUGGCAAAUUACUCUGUGAAUAUGAUAUGCUUGGUGCGGGAACUUGCCAAAACUGCAUUCGUUCAAACUAUGCUUGCAUGAAGAAUAGUCAGUGUUGUUCUAAAUAUUGUAAAUUUUUAGUUUGUGUUUGAUCUCAACUAUUGGUAAUGUGAAAAAACGUAUCCUCAUAUUAUUUAUGUUAUUAAUAUUUGGAUCAACUUUAAUUGUCAAAAUAUUAAAUCCACUUGUGUUGUCUUCAUUAAACCAAUAAGUA